AAUUUGUCAUUAAACCGACAGACGAAGAAGAACGCACUCUCUGUCAAUGUGUGGCGGGAACAAUGUGCAUGCUGGGGAUGAAAAUAAACCAAAUAAAACGGCAGAGUUUGGGACAAAUUGACUGACUUAGUUAGUGAUGUAUAAAACAAAAGUGCCGGAUGUUCAAUGCUAGCCAUUUGCUGUCACGGACAUCAAACGAGUUUGUUUUUGCUGUAGCCUUCCAAAGAAUAACCGAGUAUUUGCAGUCAUGAGGAGGCUACGUUCAGAAGUACAAAAAACUGAGAGUGUUGCACUUCACAUUAUGGAAUCAUCAAAAUCACUACGAAAGAGGUCGAAACCAGCAAACGUGAAAGAAGAGUUUUCAGAGGCCACUUCAUCCUCCACGUGCCACCAUUUCCAUGAUCAAGGUGAGAUUGGGCUCUUCAGGACACAUCUAUUGGACUGGUAUGACCAGAAUAAGAGGGAGCUGCCCUGGAGAACAGUGGCAUGUAAGGAAAAAGACAUUAACACAAGAACAUACUCAGUUUGGGUGUCAGAAAUCAUGUUGCAGCAGACCCAAGUUGCCACUGUGAUUGACUACUACAAUAAGUGGAUGAAGAGGUGGCCCACAGUGCAGGAUCUUGCAGCUGCUUCUCUGGAGGAAGUGAAUCAGAUGUGGGCAGGACUUGGGUACUAUUCCCGUGGAAAGAGACUUCAUGAAGGUGCUCAGAAGGUAGUGUCACAGUUGAGUGGAGAGAUGCCAAAGACUGUGGAGACUUUACAGAAGCUACUGCCGGGAGUAGGACGCUACACUGCUGGGGCUGUCGGCUCCAUUGCACUGGGCCAGGUGACUGGAGUCGUUGAUGGGAAUGUGAUUCGUGUACUGUGUCGGGUACGAGCCAUUGGGGCUUACACGACAAGCACAGCUGUGCAAGAAGCACUAUGGACUAUAGCCAAUACACUUGUGGACCCUGAGAGACCGGGAGAUUUUAACCAGUCUAUGAUGGAGUUGGGCGCACGGGUGUGCACGCCUAAAGGACCUCUUUGUGACCAGUGUCCCAUACAGUUUCACUGCCACUCCUACCUCAAGGUUCACGUCAAACAGGAAGAGAACUCAAAGAGGCUCUUGGGGAAUUUCAACAUGGUACCUACAUUGCUGAACGACAUAGAAGACUGCAUGACGUCAGGAACAUGUAACCUGUGCCCCUCGGAACCCUGGGAUGAUGAGCUGGGAGUUCGGAACUUCCCCAAAAAGCCAGUGAAGAAGGCUCCGCGAGUGGAGAACACCCUUACCUGUGUGGUUGCACGGCCAGGAGAGGAUGGAAAUAACCAUUACUUGCUAACUCAGAGGCCAGGCAAAGGCUUGUUGGCUGGGAUGUGGGAGUUCCCCAGCCUGCUCCUGGAUGGGGGGAAAAACUCUCAAAUGAAACAGAAGGGGGCACUGUGUGCCGAAAUGGGAAGGAUGCUUGGAAUCCAUCUGAACAAAGAACAUCUGCAGUAUGUGGGAGAGGUGGUCCAUAUAUUCUCCCACAUCCACCAGACAUAUAUAGUGUACAAUGUGUGUUUGGAGAAGGAUGGAGAAGGAAAGGAGGCAAUGUCUGAUACCACACGUUGGAUUACCAGACUGGCCCUGCAAGAGGCUGCUGUGUCCACGGCAGUCAAGAAGAUUAUGAAGCUCUAUGAUGCUAUGGAGGUUAAAGAGUGACAAAUUGAGAAGUGGCUGUGUAAAUCAGGAUGGGAAGAAGAGGAAAACCUCCAGUGUGAAGACAUCAAAACUCGAAAGGUUGGACUCAGUGUUCUUCAGGACAGCGAAAGAAGAAUCAUGACAAGCUGCUUAACUUACUCUCAAGCGCACACACGCAUUACAAGCUGCUCAUACUCCUUGCAGUACUGGCUCAUUCUCAUUUUGUUUUAAACCAACAUAACUGUUAAUGAGUUGUCAGGACUGCAAAGCGUCUGAUUUGAACACAUUUUAUGUAUUUUAGCAUACAGGUGUAUACUUUAGUUACACAUUGCAUUGUAUUAUGUUACAUCUUGAAUAUAAAAUAAUGGACUUUUUAUAGGAUUUAACAGAUGUCAUUAACAUUACAAACCAUUUGUAAAAAUACAUUUUAUACCAAAUGUGAUUGUUUUAUUG